ACGUCUAAUCUACAAUCUAUCAAUCUAUCUCCUUCACAUUUUCCCUCUCCCAUAUUUCGUAUCUAUUGCAAGACCAAAACAAAACAAUGAUUCAUACGACUAACGUCACAUUCUCUCUCCUUCUCUUCGUCGGUUUCUUCUCACUCUCGUCAUUGGCUGAUCCGAUUCCACCAACACUUGAUGUCUUAGCGUACGGAGCCAAACCAGACGGCUCGACCGACUCGACCAAUGCCUUCUUGGCCGCUUGGGACGAGGCCUGCCUCUCGGCUAACCCCACCACCAUCGUCGUGCCACAGGGACGGUUCUUGAUUGGAAACGUCGUUUUCCAGGGCAAGUCGUGUAAGAAUACACGCGUGUCUAUACGUAUAGACGGAACGAUCAUAGCUCCGCAAGAUUAUAGAGCGAUUGCCGGUUCCGAGAAGUGGAUCUCAUUCGAGGACGUUAACGGCGUUUCGAUUUUCGGCGGGAUUCUUGACGCACAAGGCACUGGUUUGUGGAACUGCAAGAACAAUGGCAACCGCGAUUGCCCUACAGGAGCCAAGAGUUUGGUGUUUAGUGGGUCAAAGAAUAUAGAGAUCAACGGUCUAACUUCACUCAACAGCCAAAUGUUCCACGUAGUUAUCGACAGUUCCGACAACGUGAGGAUCGAUGGCGUUAGGGCUUCCGCCGCCGGAAACAGCCCCAACACGGACGGAAUCCACGUCCAGUCUUCGAGCUCGGUCACGGUCUCGAACUCGAGGAUAGGAACCGGUGACGACUGUAUCUCUGUCGGACCCGGAACCAGUAAUCUCCUCGUAGAAAACAUUGUAUGCGGUCCAGGCCACGGAAUCAGUAUCGGAAGCUUGGGGAAAGAAGAGGAAGAGAACGGAGUCGAAAACGUGACAGUGAGGAACGUGAAGUUCACGGGAACAGAGAACGGAGUUCGGAUCAAGACAUGGAGCAGACGUAGCAACGGUUUCGCAAGGAACAUCGUGUUCCGACACAUUACGAUGAACGCCGUCAAGAACCCGAUCAUAAUCGAUCAAAACUAUUGCCCUAACAAACCAUGCCAAUCUAAUCAGGAAUCGGGAGUGAAGAUAAGCGGAGUGACGUACGAAGAUAUACAUGGGACGUCGGCUACGGAGGUGGGAAUAACGUUAGAUUGCAGCGAAGAGAAUCCAUGCUCCGACAUCAAAAUGGACGGCGUUAAGCUUAUCUACCGGAGCCGGCCGGCGGAGGCAUCCUGCGUUAACGCCGACGGAUCGGCAAACGACGUCGUUCCGACCACGGCUUGUCUUUGAUUACAAGACCAAUUAAUUAAUAUUGCAUUAAUUACAUAUACAAUUUAUGAUUUUAAGAUAA